UCCCAUUAGUCAAGAUUAAAAUCCAAAAAUAAACUCCAAGUACCCUUUCAUUAACUGGAAAGAGGAGGAAAGAUGGCGCGAAAGAUUUCCAUAGUUAGUUAGAAAUCCCUGAACUAUAGCAGAGCCUUGUAUCAUCAGAUGAUUCCCGUUCUCCUUCUUUCUUGCUUCCUUAAUUUCCUACCUACAAACCUCAAGAAAAAGAAGAGGGGGAUUCAUCUCUCAGAACAACAGCAAUUUAGGCCGUUCAUUUUCAAAUCAAAUCUCAGGGUUCCUAGAGUAAUAGAGUACUAAAAACUAAGCUGGAUCAGAUUAAUGUUUUUCAGUUAUGGACUUGGAACAUGGAAGCGGAAGCAGCAAGCAAUCGGAAUCAUAUCCAGAGGUUAGUGAUGGGAGCGGAACCAGGGAUCAUGAAGAUACAUAUCCAAAGCUUGGUGUUUGGGUUGGGAGUGGUGACAAGCUUCAGAGAGACCCAGAGAAAAUUGAUGGGACCGAAAGCAGUAAAAAUUCAGAAUCAAAUCCUGAGUUUAUUAAUGGAUGUGUUAGUAGCAAACAAAGAGAGUUAAAACUGGAAUUUACUGCUACAGAAGGGGAUCUUUACAUUCCAUUUGUAAAGUCAGGUCCUUCCUCUUCCUCGCCUUCCUCUGCUUCAUCCCUUAGUUCAUCUAGCUCAUCAUUGUAUGAUCUAUUUGAUGUGAUCGCAAAAGAAAGCGCUGACCCUGGAGCAUGCACUGAUUUUGAUUCACCCAACAAAGCUCACGAGAUUACUCAACCAGCAUCAGAAGAUCAUGAGAAUGAUACUUCCAUUGAAAAUUCUCACAAAUCAAAAGAAAGUGAGCGUGGCUCUUCAGAUCGCACGCUAACAUUCCCAGUUUCUGAGGCCGCUCACGAAUCCCUGGUGCACAACAUGCCGCCAACACAAUCCCCUCCUCUCCAAGUCAUGGAACGACCAGAAGGAUAUGAUCCUUCUAGGAUUCCAUCAUCCAUCUUUGAAAGAAAUAAAGGUCCAGCACCAAUGGAUUGGAGCGUUGCUUCCAAUGAAUCAUUGUUUAGCAUUCACGUAGGAAACAAUAGUUUCUCCAGAGACCAUGUUUUAUUGUUGGGCGAUCUGGGAUUGUCUGGAGACAUUAAACAGUCAGGUGAAUUGAUCAUGUUCAGCCCACCCGCUACAAAAGCAAUGGUGGCCACUGAUAAUCAGUCUUCAGAUCCUGCCUUGGAAACCUACACAGAGAAGGGUGGAGCAAAUGGAAUAUCAGAUAAUACUAUCAAGGAUCCCGCAGAAUAUCAAAAUAAGGAAAAUAAACCAAACCAAGCUGUAUCCUGGAAGUCUCCUAGAACUUCCAACCUUUCAUAUGAAAGUGGAGACAGUGUCGAGUCCUUUUCUUUUCCAAUAAGAAAGAAGAAAUAUGCAUGGCCAUUUUGCUACUUUUCUAGUUGUAGCUGGGCGCUCUGCUACUGUAAACGGCCAAGGUGCUACUUUAGGUGGCCAAGCUGCUCGUGUUCUUAUUGUAGCUGGGCGUUCUGCUAUUAUUGGAACUGUGGCCGAAAGGGAUGGUGUUGUCAUAAAUAUUCUGCUUUGGCAGAUGGGAUGAGAAAUGGUUCCCUGAAAGCAGGUAUUGAGCAGCAGCGGCAGCAUCUGGAGUCACCGUCUGCCCCAGUGAGUCAAGAAUCGGCUUCCUGUCAUUGGUGUCAUUGCUUUUCAUGUUGUUCACGGGGUUGUUCUUUCAAUUGCUGUUGCUCCUGUCGAAAAAUCAAGUGUUGCUGUUAGAACUGGCUCCUUACUCAUAUGAUGGAAGAGUGCAUCUCAGCUCCUAAGGCGCUUCCUGUUUAAAAUGCAAGCCUGAGCUGUCCUUAAUUAAGGUUCU